GCUGCUGCGUAAGUCUUCCGGGUAGGCGGGCGGUUCCCCACUCCUGAGCAGAGCGCUGCGGCCGGCCAUGGAGUGAGGCGGCGGCCGGGGCCUGGGGCAGGUGAGCGGCGGGCCUGAGGCAGGACGGAGCCGCCGAGCGCAGACACCGACGGGAGCGGGGCCCUCCCCAGACAUCCCCCAGCAGCCUUUGCGCGGGGCCUGCGCCUUCUCCUUUGCAGCCCCCCAUGUCCCCCGCCCCACUGAUGCUCACGCCUGCCCUUGAGGAGGGAGCCCCGUAGGCUACUUUCUCCCCCCCCCCCCCGCAAGUCACAUCUCCUUAAAACUCUCCUGUGAGGGCCCAGUUCUUCCCCACGCCCCCCCCCACACAGCUGACACACUCCCCCCCCCCAACACACACACACACAUUAUAGCCCCACAUCCAACUCUUGCUUCUCUCUGGUUUCUUCCUUCCCUUGAUUUUCUGUGCCUGCAUUUCUCCUGGGCGACGUCUGCAGCCAACUCCUGAGCACGCGCCCCCCACCCCACCCCACCCCCUGCCCCAGACAAGCACCUGAGAGUUUCCCCUCCCUUGAGGUUGGUAGCAAUUCUGCCAAAGAGAUUUUUUUUUCCCUUGCAAGAGGCAGCUAUAUUAUUCCCCCACCCCGUUUGUGCUGCUUGUACCUAAUCCACAAAGUAAGACUUCCUGGGAAAGGGGGUGACUCUGUUUCUCCUCUUCCUCUAGUCUGCUGUGUUCUCCCUCCCCACACCUGCCAGCCGACCCCCACCCCAAGUUCGCAGCAUUCCUGUUUUAUGCUGUGCAGAGGGGAAGACAGCGCCCAUGAGGGAGUACAAAGUUGUGGUUUUAGGGAGUGGGGGGGUGGGUAAGUCAGCCUUGACCGUGCAGUUUGUCACUGGGACAUUCAUCGAGAAGUACGAUCCCACCAUCGAAGACUUCUAUCGCAAGGAGAUCGAAGUAGACUGUUCCCCAUCAGUACUUGAAAUCUUGGAUACCGCAGGGACGGAACAGUUUGCUUCCAUGCGAGAUCUCUACAUUAAAAAUGGCCAAGGCUUCAUCCUAGUUUACAGCUUGGUAAACCAACAGUCUUUCCAGGAUAUCAAGCCAAUGAGGGACCAAAUUGUCCGUGUGAAGAGGUAUGAAAAAGUUCCUCUCAUCCUAGUGGGGAAUAAAGUCGACCUGGAAUCAGAGCGGGAGGUUUUGUCAGCGGAAGGCCGAGCGCUGGCUCAGGAGUGGGGCUGCCCUUUCAUGGAGACGUCUGCCAAGAGCAAGACCAUGGUGGACGAACUGUUUGCAGAGAUCGUGAGGCAAAUGAACUAUGCAUCCCUGCCUGAAAAGCAAGACCAGUGUUGUACAACUUGCGUUGUCCAGUGAGAAAGAAAGCGGAACCUCAAUCAUGGCCAUACAGAGCAGAUGAAACUCAGAGGAAAUUUGCACAGAUGCUGCUCUGGAGAACUCUUUUCAGCGCAGGCUGCAGAACUGAGCCUUGCUAAAAUCCUGUCUCUCUUUAGAGCACUUUUCCAGGCAUCGAGUGCAAAAAUAAAAAGUCGGCAGCGAGUGGAGAUCCGUAGGCCUGCAACAGAAUCGCUUAGCAUGUUUACCAUACAUUUUGGAAUCUGUUCGUUAUCUCUUGGUCCUCUCUUGGGUUUUUUUUUUUAUAGCUUUCUAAGUUCUUAUUAAUGGCUAAUAUGCAAAAGUUCGUUUUUUUUAAUAUUUUGAUUUCUUUUAAUUGAUUUCCAAAACUUGUAUUUAUUAAACUUUAAACUCAGUAUUACCUACUCAAUGCCUUUUUAAGAGAAAAUUUUAACGGAGAAUAAAAGUGAGCCUUAAACAAAUGGUUACUUCUGUAUAUUACCUCACAUCCUUGCUUGAUUUGCAAAAAAAAAAAAAGAGAGAAAAAGUUGCUCUCCUCCAAAAUGUCAUUGGUUGAAACUUUGAAAUGUUCUGUUUACGUGUGAUGGUGUCAUAGAAAGAUACUUAAGAGUCAUCUUAGGUUGUAGGGAUAUAACAUCCCUUUUCACAGCAGCUGUUGUGAAACGUGAUUGGCCUAAUGUGAAGAUAGAAAGUUAUUGGACAGGGACUGGAGGCAUCCAGGAAGUUUUUUGUGCAUUCUGUUACUACAUGGUACUCAGAAUUUGGGUUGUGUGUUUGUUUGUUUUAACUGAUUGUGUUGAAAACCACCGGUACAGCUCCUUACCAUGUUCAGCUUCCAGUCCUGACGUACCGUUUCUUAGAAAGGAGUACUGUGUAGUCCCAUCCCCCACAACAGGAUUUAUGUUCCAGAGCAAAAGCUAACUUGGUUUUGCCCGACAGGAUUUAAGAUGACAGACAUCUGGUGGACAUCUGCACAUGUAAAUCAAAUGCAAAUAAAAAUGACUUUACAUUUUCGAGUUCUUAAGUAUUGUUUCUCUCCUAAUAAUAUUUUCAGGCAAUAUCUGUUAGCUUGGUUUGGUGCCCUGAUGCACUGCUUUCUUUGUUUGCUUUUUUCGGUUUCCGGUGAACUGAGCAUUAGCUGGUAUAACAGGGCGACAGCGUAAGCAGUUACUCCAUGCGCGAAUGCAUUACUCAGCCACUGCCUUCUGCAGAGUUUACCUGAUGUAAACUAUUUUGUCUGGAUACUUGAAAUCUUUGAACAACAACGCAGGUGUUGAGCAGAAUGAAGAGUAUAUAAAUAGUUAAGUGUUGAUUAACGCACCUGUUGCGUACAUUGGGGGGGAAACAUUUCCUAGCAGCGAUUUGAGAAAUCGUUUUUAUCUCUCAGUUUGAAUAACUGCAGCUUAUUCAGCUGCACCAAAGUUUUAAGAGCCCAACUUAAGUCAUUUGAACAUACUUCUAAUUCAUACUGACUUGUUCUGUAGUAGCUAAGAAUUUAUUCAGUGUGCUCUCAUAGUUAAGCACUAAUCUGAGGUGAAGCAACUAUAAACUCAAAUUUAAAGAGAGGCAUCACAUACUACAUCUUUACUCGCAUUUGAAUCCUAGCAAGAAGAAUUAAACUCUCUUAAUCUCCAGAUUCCUAAAUUUGCAAUGGAGUAACCUGAAAUUCAAGUUAGGUUUGCACUUUAAUAGACUUCAAACUAAUGACUGUUUUCAAAGUAUAUUUACAUGGCAACGUGUCAAUAGAUGUGCCAAGGGAGCAUACAAUUCAAAUUGUACUGUAUCUUAUUUCUUAGGUGAAGUGGGCAGAAGCGUCCUGACAUUAAACUCUUCUGUUAAUUGACCUUUUAUCCAAAAUUUCAUUGAAAUUCCUCUAUUUUAAUUUGCGUCAGAAGUUGUUAUAAUUACGGGAAAAGCAAAACUUGUAUCCAAUUUUUGUUUGUUUUUUCUGUGCAGCUUGGAAUAAGGGAGCAGAUGUGCAGUGCAGCUUCUCUCAUAGGCCUCAGUGAGUACAGUUAGAAGCAAAUUCAACUGGUCCCUCCCCUGGCCACUGCGCCUCAGAAUGGUUUCAGCAGUGCUUGGUUAGGGGAAAGACGGUGGCUGGGCGUCCUUCUGACACCUGUCAGUUCAAAUCACUGUAGUGUGGGGCUCUUCAAACAAAGACCGUUCUUAGGUAUCUCCCAGAUCACCCUAGGUUAUUAAUUCCCUUGUUAAAUGGAGAUGUGGGGAGAGAAAAAUGCUUCCAGAAGUAUUGACUCCCUCAACUCCUUGUUGGUACUUGGGGAUCAGGCCUCGCUUCUCCCACCCCCCACCCAAGCGAUUGCACAGACAGGGCACAUGGACACAGCUGUUUAUUGAGAGAGGAAUACUUCCCAGGAGUGCAAAUGUAAUCUUCUGCAUGGACAAAGCUAAAAGCCCUAAUAUGCUUGAAAAGUACCUAAAAUUAAACCGAAAUGUAUCCAAUGUACUGUACCUUUUACUGGUGAAAAGCGAAAUCUGGAAAAUUAGCAGAUGCAAAACUAGAAUGAUGAUCUAAUGCUUUGUAAACUUAAAAACCGUGUCUCUCUUCCCCCACCCCCACCCCGAACUCAUUCAUUCUUAAUUUUGUAAGACAACCCUACAGUCCACCUGUUUGUAACUUUUUUAAUAAAAUAGAUACCUGUAUUACCAAA